AGCGGGAUCACCAUGUGCAGCGCCAUGGCGGCCAAGCUGUGGUUCCUGACCGACCGGCGCAUCCGCGAGGACUACCCGCAGAGAGAGAUCCUCCGUGCCCUCAAGGCCAAGUGCUGCGAGGAGGAGCUGGACUUCCGGGCGGUGCUGAUGGACGAGGUGGUCCUGACCGUGGAGCAGGGGAACCUGGGUGUGCGGAUCAACGGAGAGCUCAUCUCUGCCUACCCUCAGGUGGUGGUCGUGAGGGUCCCCACCCCCUGGGUGCAGAGCGACAGCGACAUCACCGUCCUGCGCCACCUAGAGAAAAUGGGCUGCCGCCUGAUGAACCGACCCCAGGCCAUCCUGAACUGUGUCAACAAAUUCUGGACGUUUCAAGAGUUGGCCGGCCAUGGCGUCCCCUUGCCAGACACCUUCUCCUACGGUGGCCACGAAAACUUCGCCAAAAUGAUCGACGAGGCGGAGGUGCUGGAGUUCCCGAUGGUGGUGAAGAACACUCGGGGCCACAGAGGCAAAGCUGUGUUCCUGGCGCGUGACAAGCACCACCUGGCUGACCUGAGCCACCUCAUCCGCCACGAGGCGCCCUACCUGUUCCAGAAAUACGUGCAGGAGUCCCACGGCCGGGACGUGCGGGUCAUCGUGGUCGGCGGCCGCGUGGUGGGCACCAUGCUCCGCUGCUCCACCGACGGGCGGAUGCAGAGCAACUGCUCCCUAGGUGGCGUGGGCAUGAUGUGCACCCUGAGCGAGCAGGGCCAGCAGCUGGCCGUGCAGGUGUCCAACAUCCUGGGCAUGGAUGUGUGCGGGAUCGACCUGCUGAUGAAGGACGACGGCUCCUUCUGCGUGUGCGAGGCCAACGCCAACGUGGGGUUCAUGGCCUUCGACAAGGCCUGCGACCUGGACGUGGCCGGGACGAUCGCGGACUACGCCGCCUCGCUGCUGCCCCCCGGCCGCCUCACGCGGCGCAUGUCCCUCCUGUCGGUGGUGUCCACCGCCAGCGAGACCAGCGAGCCCGAGCUGGGGCCCGCGGCCAGCGCCAGCUCCAGCUCCGUCGACAGCGACCCCGAGAGCGGCGCCGAGCCCCUGGGCCAGCUGCCCGCCGCGCUCUUCAACAUGAACCAGCUGCUAGCCAAUGAGAUCAAGCUCCUGGUCGAGUGA